AUGGCGCCUCGAUCCCGUCUGCAAGGGUCUGACAAUACAGAGUAUCAGAGUGAUGCCAGUUCCGACCUGAGCGUAAUAUUUUCGGGCAAUGAAUCUGAGAGCGACUCCAGCAGCGGCCCAGAGUCCGAUAGCGAGGACGACUCCGAUGAUGAAAAAGAUGAGGAUACCUUCGACGACGAGGGCCAGCUGCCUCCGGAACACUACUUGGCCCAGGCUGAGAGCCUGGAUGUCACUCAGCUUAGACAGAAUCGGUACAGCCAGAACACUCAAGAAAGGCUUGAUGAAACUCGCAUGUACUGGAAUAGGUACUGUCAAUAUAUUGGAGUUGAUCCAGCGCAACACUGGAAAUGGAUCUCAAACUCUGAUGAGACGGUUCAAUUUCUGUACGCAUUCUUCGGUUGGCGGUGUGAUAUUCGUCGUGGCAAGGGUGGUCGCCACUGCCCAGGGAUUGCCUAUCAGAGCUCGCUGAAUUCAUUCUGGAAGUGGUGGCAUCUUCUUCUGAAGCAGGAGACAGCAUCUGGACUCAGCAAAGACAUAACUGUCAAGGUGAACGAUGUCAUCGCCCUGGUCGCGAAAGAGAAAGACCUCGAACUCAAUUGGAAGCCGAAGAAGAACAUGUAUAUUGAGGAUGUAGCCGAAUUUGCACGCGUCCUCUUGACCACCACUGAGAUGACAUUCGACUGCGGUUGGCAGCGUAUCCAACUCCUUCUCUUCUGCCAGCUUGCAGCCAUUACUGCAAGCCGUCCGUCGGCACUCCUUCACCUUCGCUAUACGGACAUAUCAUUAACUCUGAUCCGAGAUCCGGAAGGCGGACGUCCUCGACUGUUCAUCUUCUUGAAGCCUGACUUUACAAAGAAAUUCCUUGGAAAGAAGGCUGCAAAUGAAUUUAAGGUUCCCGAAAUUAUCUUCGAUCCAACGUUGGUCCUCAGUCCGCAUGUUUGCCUGCUGAGUAUGCUCUUUCAUAUCCAGGGCUUCAAGAAGUUUUCUACGGCCGGACCCGUGCUGGAUUGCCCAGAAAAGCUUUACAGCCUUGGGGUACUGGACGGCAAGGGACAGCAGGAGUUGAAACUCAAGGAUGAAAUACUGGACAAAUUUGUAUUCUGCCAGGUAGAGCGGCAACCCACGGGAUAUCGAAUUGCCUUGGAGAGGCCACUCACAGCAGCUACGGUGCGGUCCCGCAUGCGUCGGGGCGGCGAGAUUACGGGGUUUGACCAGAUUACCCGGCCAUACCUUCUCCGAUACGCUGGGGCCAAAGCAUUUAACACCAGCGGUGAGUAUGUUUCCAACCCACAGAGAGUUGGGUACUAA